AUGCGCGCGCGCGCCUCCGUCGGGCUCGCGCGCGCGCCGACGCGCCGUUCGCGCGCGACGCGAUGUUUUUCCCGCGCGUCCGCCCCCGAGCGCGGGAUCUCCGCCUCGCCCGCGCGCGUCGAGCGGUUUCAUCGCGCGCACGGCUCGUCGACGCACCGAAUUUUAGUCGUCGGUGAGGGCGACUUUAGCUUCGCCCUCGCGCUCGCGCGGUGCGCGCCGAGGGGAUGGGAGAUCACGGCGACGAGUUUACACUCGCUCGAGGCCACGGAGACGUCGUGGGAGGGCGGGGCGAACGUCGAGGCGCUGCGGGCGAUGGACGGCGCGCGCGUGGCGCACGGCGUCGACGCGACGCGGUUGUCGACGACGUUCGAGCGCGGCGCGUUCGAUCGCGUGUGCUUUAAUUUUCCCCACGCCGCGGGAAAGGGAAAGAUUCACGCGAAUCGUGCGCUGCUGGGGGGGUACAUACGCGAGGCGUUGCUCGUGGCGCCGCGUGGGACGAUCGAAGUCGCCCUGGCGCCGGGACAAGGCGGCACGGCGGCGGACGGCGCCCGGGCGCGGGAGUACGGGAACUCGUGGCAGGCGUACGCGCGAGGCGCCGAGAACGGUGCUUUACUGAUCGAAUGCGCGCCGUUCGACGACGCGGGUUGGAGAGCGUUGGGAUACGAGUCACGCGGGCACUGGCGAAGCGCGCGCGCCGAGCGCGGAUUCCAAACCGCCGGCGGCGUCGCGCACGUCUUCUGCGCCGAGGACCGCGCGCGCGAGCUCGGCGCGACGUGCGCGUACGCCACACCGUUCACUCGCGACGUGAGCGUGUGGACCGACGACGCGGAUUCGGACGACGCCGAGCGCGUCGUCGUCGACGCGUUCGACGUCGCGCGCGACGGCGCCGACGUCUCCGCCGACGUCCGCCGCGUCGACGCGUGGCGCGAUCCCGAGUCCGGUCGCGUCAGCGUCACCAUUCGCGCGCGCGUGCGCUCGACGACGGUUCCGUUGACGCGCGAGCGCGUGCGCGCGUUCGUGGACCGCGCGAGAGACGUCCUUCGCGCGCGCGGGCGCCUGCGCGACGCCGCGACGGGCGACGCGCGAUGGGCAGGACACAGCCCUAAACCCUAG